UUAUUACCGCUUUAAUUAUUAUUAAACAAUUUUGACUUAUGUCAAAGGUUCUUCGAAGCACGUCCGGCGGUUAUUAUUCUUUCAUUCAGCAAAAUUUCGCUCGAGUUCUUUAAAAAAUGCCUCCCUUCAAACUCGAAGCCCUCAAACACAGCCCGCAAGAACUCAGAACGCAAAGACUACUACACACCAAACAGACCUACGGAAAGAACGUGAAGGUAGAGGGUUGGGAGCAGCAUGCCGAACGCCAACGUGUUGAUCAGGAUCCUAAUGAUCCAGAACAUUACAGCUUGCAUUUAUCUCACUACGCCCGGUUAGGAGAUCAAGAUGUCGGCCAUUUUGAAACCACUACGCGCCAAAUGCUCCGAAGCGGAUCCCAGGCGCAAGACAAACCGAAAGUGCAGAAAGCGUUGAUCAACUUUUUCACUUUUCCCGAGAUUCGGAUCGAGGAAUACCCCCACUGUCGGGAUAUGAUGGUACCGAAUGAUUACGUAUCGACUAUGCAGUACGGGUAUCAGGCGCCGUACCCCUGCGAAAUGGGAUUGGUGUCGUUACGGGUUGAUGCUGGAAUGCACAGACGUAUGAGGCCGAGUGAAGAGUGUAAAUUUUUAGACGACAACUUAGCGGACUACACUAAAACUUUGCAGAAAGUUAAAGGAUCGAGACACAAGGACACCCACGACAGUUGUUUCGGCUUUUGAAAGGGACGAGAUUCUUUAAACUAUGGUUUGAAAAACUUGUUUCCA